AUGGAUCCCCAAGAUACUCGCUCACCCCCCGUCAAAAAGCGUGGUCCGAAACCCCUCCAGUCCUCCAAUCGCAAAACCCAAUACCUAAUCCUCUACAACUUUGUGUCCGCACUUCUCUGGCUCGUCGUUUUGGGCCGAGUAGUUCUCCUUGUCCCACUCGUCGGAUUCGGGCGUUUAUAUCCUGCUGUCGGUACUUUUGUAAAAUGGACACAAACCAUGGCACUUUUGGAGGUUGUGCAUGCAGCUCUUGGAGUUGUACGAGCCCCAAUUAGUACAACCGGUAUGCAAGUAGCUAGUCGACUCCUCCUCGUCUGGUUCAUCGUCAACCCAUUUCCAUGGGUAGCAAAAAGCACCGGGUACUCUACAAUGCUCAUUGCAUGGAGUGUCACCGAAGUAAUUCGAUACUCUUACUUCGUUAUCACACUUAGUGGAUACAAGCCCGAUAUUGUUACUUGGUUUCGCUAUAAUACCUUCUUCGUUUUAUAUCCAUUGGGGAUCAGUAGUGAAUGUUGGUUGAUUUAUAAAGCUAUUGAACCUGCGGGAGAAAUAUAUGGAUCUCUGUAUCCUUUAGUUUUGAAAGCAAUUCUGCUGAUUUAUAUUCCUGGUUCAUAUAUUUUAUUCACACACAUGAUUAAGCAAAGGAGUAAGGUUUUGCGAGCACAACGAGAGAUGUUGAAAGAUGAAUAG